AACACAAAUGAGUGCAAGGGAUGCUGGGAAGAAGGCCGCGGAAGAGAGAGGAGCAGAGCCGCUGAAGCGUCGGGAGCGCUUGGAGGAAGGUCGAAAGCAUAUAUUAUAGCGCACAGCAUCGGGGGGGGGGGGCGCGGUGUCCAGUUUCGCGCAGAGCAUGAUGGGAAUUGGAAGACCUGUCAGAAGGUUCGUUGUUCCGCGGCAUGACGGGAGAAGGCGCGAGCCUCCUUCGAAUCGCGCAGGGGGUGUUGGGAAAGUGCGAAAACCCUACUACGGGGCGAGGGCGAGGUCAUUUCAAAUGAAAUCGUUUUGUCGAAAUAAUUAUAACAAAUUAUAAAACUAUGAAAGGAGAGAGAUGGCAACAUAAUGAGGACAACAACUCCAGGGGAGCCUAAAUGGCGGUAAACAGGGAGCAAAAAAAGAGUAAAAAAAUCAAAAAAAUAAGUGCUCCACAAAAUUCACAUUUGACGAAGAAAAGCGGGAGGAUGCUGGGAGGAAGGGAAGAACGGCCGCGAGCGCGGGGCCUGCCGGGAAGUCUCGCGAGAGCCUCUCCUAUAUAGGGCGUGAAGUGGAACCACGUGACCUCUCCAGUCGCCUCCGCCAUGGACACGAGCCGCGUGCAGCCCAUCAAGCUGGCCCGAGUGACCAAAGUGCUCGGCCGCACCGGCUCCCAAGGCCAGUGCACGCAGGUUCGGGUGGAAUUCAUGGAUGACACCAGCCGCUCCAUCAUCCGCAAUGUGAAAGGCCCAGUCCGGGAAGGAGACGUGCUGACGCUGCUGGAAUCCGAGCGAGAGGCUCGCCGCUUACGCUGAUCCAUCCCUGCUUGCCAUAUCCUCCACUCCGGUAGCACCUGAAUCCUUGCGAAUGGCCUGUUGUGCCUUCUGGCUGAAAACUGCUGGGUAAAAUUGACUCUGGAAAAGAACUGAAUAAAGUUUCUAUGUCCCCCC